UUUGACACUAGGUCUCCUGUAGAAUUUAUAUUACGAAAAAACUUGCAAACGAAAUUACUUAGAGCCUUCUUCCGGGACAAAAAUGUCGGGCUUUGGCAUCUUCUUCGGUCUAGUAUUACUUGUGACUUUCGCUGCAGCUGCAGAUGAACCUACCGCAUUGUAUUCGAAUAGAUAUGAUUUUAUUAAUGUCGAUGAAAUUUUGAGUAAUGAGCGAAUUCGAAAUCAAUACUCAAAAUGCUAUUCUGGAACUGGUCCGUGUCUAACACCAGAUGCUAAAUUUUUCAAAGAUGUAUUCCCGGAAGCAAUUGGCACCCGCUGUAAAAGAUGUACCGAGAAGCAGAAGCAAAUUUUCGAAAAAAUCGUUGUCUAUUAUAUCGAAAAUGAUCCAGAGCAAUGGAAACAAAUAUUAACGCGCUCAAUUCAAGCACGCAAUUCAUAGAUUUAUUGCUUAUUGCUAUAGAAAACAGCCUAAUUAAAAAUGAAAAUUUUUAUUCUUUUUAUAUCGAAAGUAUAUAAAAAAAUUCUUAUAAAAGUAAUACAUUUUUUGCCAAACAAAUAGACAGUGUGACGUAUUACUUUUCAAUUUAUAUUUUCAAAUAAUGAGUUGUAGAAAGCUCUAAUUAUUCAAUUAGUUAUCUUAAGUAGUAUCAAUUAUGCAAAUUAUUCACUGAUUAUCACCCACUAUCUAGGAUAAGAAAUCGUAAAGAGGAAGUUAUUUGAUCUAAUCGACUCAUUUAAAUUUUCCUUGUACGUCAACAGUUAACUCUAUUUGCACCUUUGUAUCUAAUUGAUGAAAUAUUUGCAUGUAAUAUUUAUGUACAUAUGUAAAUAUGAGAACAAUCAUGGAAAUGAUAAUUUAUAGUACC